CAUAUGGUGUUUUUGUGUUAGUGAAAAGGAAAGAUUUUGUUUUGAGCAUUGUUUUUUGGCUCAAAUAUGAGGUGGGUUUGAGUUAUUUUUGGCUGUUUUGGGUUUUCAAGUAUGGUUUUUGAGUGCAGUUAUAUGAUCUGUGGGGUGUUAGAAAGCAAAGAGAGGAGUUGGUUUUGGGAGCAUAACCAUUUGAAGAUGUCUUGGGUUCAUCACUAUCAUCAAAUCAAGCAAAAAGAUGGUUACUUACGAUAUCAACCUCCUCUUCCUCCAUCUCCUUAUACUGCGACUACUUUUCAUAAAGAUUCAAACCCUUCACCAUCAUUUUCUGGUACUAGAAUUAGUCCUGCAGUACUUCUAAUUAUAGUAAUCUUGGCUGUACUAUUUUUCCUCUCUGGUCUCCUACAUCUGCUUGUUAGAUUCCUUAUAAAGCAUCCAUCUUCAUCUACAUCUUCUCAAUCUAAUAGAUACCCUGAAAUGUCUAACUCUGAUGCCCUUCAAAGGCAGCUACAACAACUGUUUCAUCUUCAUGAUUCUGGUUUAGAUCAAGCUUUUAUUGAUGCUUUUCCUGUUUUCCAAUACAGAGAAAUAGUUGGUCUGAAAGAGCCUUUUGACUGUGCUGUUUGUUUAUGUGAAUUUUCUGAGAAAGAUAAGCUGAGAUUGCUUCCUAACUGUGGCCAUGCUUUUCAUAUAAAUUGUAUAGACAUUUGGCUGUUGUCAAACUCAACAUGCCCUCUUUGUAGAGGGAGUCUUUUCGGUCCUGGGUUUUCAAUGGAGAAUCCAAUUUUUUAUUUUGAUGACAUAAGGGAAGAUGAUGGAUGUGCUGGUAUUGGGGAAAAUGGAUAUACUCCUGGUCAGAAAAUAGUGGAAAUGGAAGAAAUUGUGGUAGACAAAGGGGUUUUGCCCGUGAGGCUAGGUAAAUUCAGGAGGCUAAAUGAUGGACCAGGGGAUGCAGGAGGAGAAACCAGUAGCAGCAAUUUAGAUGCAAGAAGGUGUUUUUCUAUGGGUUCAUAUCAGUAUGUGCUAGGUGAUUCAGAUCUUAGGGUUGCCCUUGCUAAUGAACGUAGCGGUGGCCAUGAUAUUAAGCUAUCAAAAGGUUUGGAGCAGAAUGGGAAUUCUUCAGUUGAAAGGGAUGCAGAAGGGAAAAAGAUUAGUAGUGUGACUAAAGGGGAGAGCUUUUCUGUUUCCAAGAUCUGGCUUUGGUCUAAGAAAGGCAAAAUUUCGACUUCUUCUCUUAAUACAGACUAUCCAUGGUUGGAGAAAACACAAGGAAAAUGAAAGGUAAUUUGGUAGUUUCUUGUUUAGUCAUUAUUCAAUUCUUCUGCUUAGCUCCUCUUUUUGAAAAUCUUUUGAGAUGCUAAUUUGAAGAUUGUGAUGAUUGGCUGUGACAUACUAUUGUUCUGAAACCUGAUAGUCUAAAAUUACUUACAGAGGUAAUCUCCUGUUGUUUGGAGACAGACAGACUAUAUAUUGCUGUUGACUGUUUGCCUUCUUGUUCUAUUUGGGCUACUGAACUCAUGAUGUCUUAUUUCCGUGAAAGAAGGUGUUCAUACAAUAUGUUCCAUGCUUUUGCACAUCUCAAGCAAUCUAAUCCAUGUGAUUCAUCUAUCUCAUGUUGAAGGGCAUGAAUAGAAAUGUUGCUGCUCAGCAAUCUAAUCCAUCUGUUUGUAUUUAGUUACAACACUAUUUAAAAUCAUGUUUAAUGGUUAGUUGAUUUUGACUUUAUUGUUGGGUACAAAGGAAGUCACAGCUUAGGGACAAGAGAAAGGGCUGCAAAUGCUGGGAUUUGAAUCCCAGAUCUGCUCAAUACCAUCUCUUAAA